AUGCGACCUACACUAUCCGAUCCACAUAGAAUGACAAAAAAACAACAAGAGCUAAAAGAGGCAUUUGAUGCAUUUGAUAAAGAUGGAGACGGGACUAUCAAUCAAGUUGAAUUACAAGCAAUGAUGGAAAAGUUGGGAGAUAAGAUUAGCUUAGAAGAAGCUAAAUUACUGAUAGAUGAGGUCGACUUAGAUAAAGAUGGAGCAGUCAAUUUUAAUGAAUUUUCAGUCAUGAUGGGUGUACCUGUGAAUAAGGAUAUUAAAAUAAAUGAUAGAGAUAUGCUGUCAUGUUUUCUCUAUUUUGAUAAAGAUCACGAUGGACGUAUCAGUCAAUCAGAAUUGGAAAGUGUCAUGAAAAUGCUGGAUGCACAGCUUAGUCCAGAGGAGAUAAAAGAAAUGAUCAAGUUGGCUGAUGUCAACAAAGAUGGUUUUGUAGACUUUGAAGAAUUCAGACUAUUGGUUGCUUCCAAUUGA